ACCGAGAAGGAUGUAGGCAUCCAAGAGUACGUCUCUCCCAAACUUGCCCCCAUCGAGGGAAUCAUCAAACAGCGUUUCAGUGACUUCCAGGUCUUCGAGAUUGCACCAGACGGGAAAGUCUGCCGUUUGACCGAUCUGGGUCCCCCACCUGCUUCCUUCCCUCCGGCUUCUAGCGACGAGCUGGACUUGCGUCAGCAGCUCCAGCGGGAGAAUGAUGAGCGCAAUGACGAGACCGGAGAGCUGAAGAGGCAAAGGCAAGAUGCCCAAAAGACGGAGCGGGAGGCGGCCAAAGCAAAGAGGGAGGACGAGACUGCCAAGGCCAGAGAGCACGUCUUUGCUUGGAAUGAGGAAGAUGUGGAUCUGAGUCGAGAGGCAGAGCUGGUCGAACUCAAUGGCGAUCCCAGAAGGGUCAUCACUGAGCCUUUGAGCAGCAAGGAGCUCCGAGGCAAGGUGCACCAGGUCGUCCGCGAGGUCUUCAAAGGACGUCUUCUCACCGAGACUGCUGAGGAAAAGAAGCCGGUCAAGACUAAGGAAGACGAAGAGGAUGAUCUCAUGAAUGCCGGAGCCAAUGCUCCUACGCCUCCUGUAGCGCCACCUGCAACCAACUCCAUUGCGAUCCGAUGGAACCCUAAUCCCGCCGGUAAAGAUGCUCGCACUAUGGGCCUUGGCAACCACAAUCGCAAGACUGAGGAAGCCGCCCUGCCUCCUUACGUUCACUUCUUCUUGCACAAGACAAACCGUGACACUCAAGAUGCCAUCAGCAUUCUGGCUCGCAGUCUCAAUCUCGGUGGGCCCGCUAGCGGAAUCGCAAGUCUCAACAAGAUUGCAUCGAAGGAGCUCACUGUUGCUGGUACAAAGGACAAGAGGGGCGUCACUGUACAACGGGUCUGUUUCAGACGGGGCAGGAGGACAGCCGAGGAUAUUUGGAGGUGUGUCAACGGCAUCGGUAAAGAGCUCGAGAGGGGAAGUGGCUUCGGUGCACAGAGCAGCGGACCACGCAAGACAUUACUCGAUGCCGUGACCAGUCGAGGUGACCGCGGUGUACGAAUCGCUCAUCUUGAGUACUCGGACAGGCCUCUAUAUCUGGGCAAUCACAAGGGCAACCGUUUCACUAUUAUUUUGCGCAAUGUCAAGACUGACAGCGACGACACCAUCUACAAGGCUCUUGAUGUGCUCAAGACGAAAGGUUUCAUCAACUACUACGGCAUGCAAAGGUUUGGAACUUCAUCCAUCUCCUCUCACGUCAUUGGUCUCGCGGUCAUCAAAAAUGAUUUUGCUGGUGCAAUCUCCCUCUUCCUGGAUCCGAGGUCAGACGACGCCGAGGAGAUGACAGUCGCCAAGACCUUCUAUGCCCAAGGCAAUGUACAUGAAGCUCUCAAUACCUGCCCACGAUGGGCGACUGCAGAGCGAGCCAUCUUGGGCAAGAUGGUUGAAGAGGAGAAGAAGCUGGGUCCAGGCAGAGGCUUCAAUGAUUGCGCUGGCUACUUUACUGCCAUUCCCAAGAUCUUGAGGACUAUGUAUGUUCAUUCUUAUCAGUCAUACGUGUGGAACAAGACUGCCUCCGAGCGGGUGAGGAGGUUCGGCGUUGAGGGACCUGUCGAGGGUGACAUUGUAUACAACGAGGACACCAAGGAGGAGGAGGAAGAGGCUGUGGCGGAAGAUGCUCGUGAAAUUGAAGAGGACGACGAUGCCGACACGGCAACAGUGGACGAUACUGCCAAUGCCUCAACGAGCGAGGGCAGAAGAGUCAAAUACCUCACCGCCGAGGACAUUGCUACUGGCAAGUACACUAUCCACGAUGUCCUGAUCCCCUCCUGCGGAUCGUCUGUCUCUUGUCAGCCAGGCAGCUGGAUGGAGAGCUUCUAUGAGGCGACGCUAGCAGAGGACCAAGUCAGCAUGGAGACCCUAUCGCAGACCAAGGGACGCAGUUCGGAGCUGAUGCUCAAGGGCACUUACCGUAAGCUGAUGGGCAAGCUCGAGGACGUACAAGCUGCCUUUGUCAGGUACACCGAUCCGGAUCAGGAUCUGAAUCAGUCGGAUGAAGAUGCUCUGUUGGAGCAGUCAGCGCCCAGUCAAAACACAGUCGACGCUGAUGAGGUUGCAGCGACUCGAGACGCUUCUCCGCCCGAGUCAUUCCUUGCGAUGAAGAUCUCCUUCAAUCUCAGCACCGCUUCGUACGCUACAAUGGCUCUCCGCGAGCUCUCCAAGCAGGAUACUUCUUCUGCCAAUCAGAAGCUCCUGACAGAACAGAGCGAGGACCAA